CGGGUGCCACGGGGGGCCCCGGGGCUGAGGAGGGGGUCAUGUCAACGCUGGCCCCCCUGCGUCUGCUGCGCGAGCCCUCGAAUGCCAGCGAGGGCAACCACAGCAACGCCACGGUCGGGGCCGGCGGUGGCUGGUGCCAGGGGCUGGACAUUCCCAACGAGCUGUUCCUGGCUCUGGGGCUGGUGAGCCUGGUGGAGAACCUGCUGGUGGUGGCAGCCAUCCUGAAGAACAGGAACCUGCACUCGCCCACCUACUACUUCAUCUGCUGCCUGGCUGUGUCGGACAUGCUGGUGAGCAUCGGCAACCUGGCGGAGAUGCUCUUCAUGCUGCUGCUGGAGCACGGGGUGCUGGUGAUGCGCCCCAGCAUUGUCCGCCACAUGGACAGCGUCAUCGACACGCUCAUCUGCAGCUCCGUGGUCUCGUCCCUCUCCUUCCUGGGGGUCAUCGCUGUGGACCGCUACAUCACCAUCUUCUACGCCCUGCGCUACCACAGCAUCAUGACCCUGCAGCGUGCCGUGGUCACCAUGGCCAGCGUCUGGCUGGCCAGCACCGUCUCCAGCACCGUCUUGAUCGCCUACUACCGCAGCAACACUGUCCUCCUCUGCCUCAUCAGCUUCUUCCUCUUCAUGCUGGUCCUCAUGCUGGUGCUCUACAUCCACAUGUUCGCCCUGGCCCGCCACCACCUCCACAGCAUCUCCAGCCAGCAGAAGCCACCCACUGCCCACCGUGGUGGCAGCCUGAAGGGUGCCGUCACCCUCACCAUCCUCCUGGGCGUCUUCUUUAUCUGCUGGGGGCCCUUCUUCUUCCACCUCAUCCUCAUCGUCACCUGUCCCACCAGCCCCUUCUGCACCUGCUUCUUCAGCUACUUCAACCUCUUCCUCAUCCUCGUCAUCUGUAACUCCGUGAUUGACCCCCUCAUCUACGCCUUCCGGAGCCAGGAGCUCCGGCGGACGCUGCGGGAGGUGGUGACGUGCUCCUGGAUGCUCCCGCCGACGCCGGGUGGUCCCAGGGUCCCCGCACGGGUCCCGGGGUGUCCCCGCUCCCCGUGGGUGCCGGGGGCUCCCCGCCGGCCGUGCCCCCCGCGGGUGCCGGGGUCCCCGCUCCGCCGCGGCGGGGCGUGGCCGCGGGCGGGGCCGGGCGGGGCGUGGCGGGCGGUGCCGGUGCCGCAGGGCUGUUGCGGCGCUGCGGCGGCGGCCGCUGAUUGGCUGCGGGCUGCGGUGACGUCAGCGGCCGGCCCGGUGCGGCGGCGGGAGCCUAUAAAGGAUGCGGCCGCGGCCGCGCCGCCCCCCGCGCUCCCGGUGCCGCUCCGCUCCGGUGCCGCUCCGCUCCCGGCCCCAGCCCGCUCCCGUCCCGCUCCGCUCCGGCCCGGCAGCACCAUGAGGGAGAUCGUCCACAUCCAGGCGGGGCAAUGCGGCAACCAGAUCGGCGCCAAGUUCUGGGAGGUGAUCAGCGACGAACACGGCAUCGACCCCAGCGGCAACUACGUGGGGGACUCGGACCUGCAGCUUGAGCGCAUCAGUGUCUACUACAAUGAGGCCUCUUCUCACAAGUACGUGCCUCGCGCCAUCCUGGUGGACCUGGAGCCGGGGACGAUGGACAGCGUGCGCUCGGGUGCCUUUGGCCACCUCUUCCGCCCCGACAACUUCAUCUUUGGGCAGAGCGGUGCCGGGAACAACUGGGCCAAGGGGCACUACACAGAGGGGGCCGAGCUGGUGGACUCGGUGCUGGACGUGGUGCGCAAGGAGUGUGAGAACUGCGACUGCCUGCAGGGCUUCCAGCUGACCCACUCGCUGGGCGGGGGCACGGGCUCGGGCAUGGGCACGCUGCUGAUCAGCAAGGUGCGCGAGGAGUACCCCGACCGCAUCAUGAACACCUUCAGCGUGGUGCCGUCCCCCAAGGUGUCGGACACGGUGGUGGAGCCCUACAACGCCACGCUGUCCAUCCACCAGCUGGUGGAGAACACGGACGAGACCUACUGCAUCGACAACGAGGCGCUCUACGACAUCUGCUUCCGCACCCUCAAGCUGGCCACCCCCACCUACGGCGACCUCAACCACCUGGUGUCGGCCACCAUGAGCGGCGUCACCACCUCGCUGCGCUUCCCCGGCCAGCUCAACGCCGACCUGCGCAAGCUGGCCGUCAACAUGGUGCCCUUCCCGCGGCUGCACUUCUUCAUGCCCGGCUUCGCGCCGCUGACGGCGCGCGGCAGCCAGCAGUACCGCGCCCUCACCGUGCCCGAGCUCACCCAGCAGAUGUUUGAUGCCAAGAACAUGAUGGCCGCCUGCGACCCCCGCCACGGCCGCUACCUCACCGUGGCCACUGUCUUCCGUGGCCGCAUGUCCAUGAAGGAGGUGGAUGAACAGAUGCUGGCCAUCCAGAGCAAGAACAGCUCCUACUUUGUGGAGUGGAUCCCCAACAACGUCAAGGUGGCCGUGUGUGACAUCCCGCCACGGGGGCUGAAGAUGUCCUCCACCUUCAUCGGCAACAGCACGGCCAUCCAGGAGCUCUUCAAGCGCAUCUCGGAGCAGUUCACGGCCAUGUUCCGCCGCAAGGCCUUCCUGCACUGGUACACGGGCGAGGGCAUGGACGAGAUGGAGUUCACCGAGGCCGAGAGCAACAUGAACGACCUGGUGUCCGAGUACCAGCAGUACCAGGACGCCACGGCCGAGGAGGAGGGUGAGAUGUACGAGGACGACGAGGAGGAGUCGGAGGCGCAGGGCGCCAAGUGACGCCCGCCGCCCCCCGGCACCGCCCGCAGCCCCCCCGGCUUCGCGCUGCUGCAGCCCCAGGUGCUGCUCCCCCGCCAUCCCCUCAGUGUCUCCUGACCCCAUCCCCCCCUGAGCCGGCUCGGCCCCUCGCCCCCCUUCCAACCUCCCCCCUUUUCUUUUUUUACUGGUUUGUGUCUUAUUAUUUUUUUUGAAUACUUAAUAAAUUUAUUGCUGUCCAGGUA